AUGCAGUGACAAGAACGGCCUGCCGGGGGCAGCAAUGCAACAGAUGCGCCCCGUUUGCCAAACACAAGAAGAAGAAGAUAAACGGAAGCAACAUAGCAAUAUUAACUGAGUACAGCAUUGAUCUAAAGCUCAUAACAACACAACGUCCUUGCUAGCGAGCAGCGGAUGCCGGCCUUCGAUUCAAAAAUGAUUUCACAUGGUUUUAAAAGCAGCAAAAAGGACUUUACCUUUGGUCCUUGGACAGUCACGACUGCAAAAAACCAUAUCAUGAAAUCUAAAGACAUUGAAAGAUUAUCCGAAGAGAUGAAUUUACCUUCCCUCCCAGAAAUGUUAUUUGGGGACAACAUCCUGCGCAUCCAACACAGCGACGGCUUUGGUAUUGAAUUCAACGCUAUUGAUGCCCUGAAGAGAGUCAACAAAUCAGAGCACACCGUCAAAGUGGCUUGUGCUCAACAAUGGCAAGAGAGCAGAUCUGUUUCUGAACAGUCUCAAGACGGGGUGAGACCGUAUGACUGGACUUUCACGACAGAUUACAGAGGGACCCUGAUUGGAGAGGAACUACAAAUGAAGGUGACUGAGACCACAGAAAAAAUUAACUUGGAGAAGCUGAGGGCCCGCGAACAGAUAGUGUUCUUCGAUGAGAUCCUUCUGUUUGAGGACGAGCUGCAUGACCAUGGAGUCUCAAUGAUAAGUGUAAAAAUUAGAGUGAUGCCCACCAGUUUCUUCUUAUUGCUGCGGUUUUUCCUACGAGUGGAUGGCGUGCUGAUAAGAAUACAUGAUACACGACUAUAUCAUGAGGCUGGAAAGAACUACAUGUUAAGAGAGUUCUGCUCAAGGGAAAGUAACAUAGCAGACUUGAAGAACGUUCCUGCAUCGCUCCACACAGAUCCCAAUGAGAUCGCUCAACAUCUAACACUAAAGCUCAGAGAGUGUGAGAAGUUGGAGCUUCCUGAGCAGGAAUGAGGAUGUUCAGUGAGCAAUAUAUUUACUUUUUGUGUUGCAUAAUGAACAACAUACAAUAUUAUCAUAGCGAAUCAUCGCUGUACAGGUAGGGAAAGAGCGAGGAGAAGUAGCAUCAUGUUUGUCACAUUUGUAUCAUAAUUGUAUCAUAAUUGUUUCAUAUUUGAUGAAUGGUAAACAUCAAAACAAAUUUGUUUUUAAAUGUAAAGUAAUUCGAACUGUCAAAGCGACACAUUCACAUUUACUCUAUGAAUGACUGCAUUGCAUUCGCUCCUCCACAGUUACAAUUCACAAACUCAUAAUUGAAAAUAUUUAAUUGUGUUAUUUCUUUGGAAUUUUUGAAUAUUUACUAGGGAUGGGUACCUUUUUAUACAUUUGAACCCGAUACAGUACCAAUUCCCCAGUACCUGGGAAUCGAUACUAGUACUUUACGGUGCAAAUUUUCAGUAAUGUUGUGUGUGUGUUCAUGUGAUAAUAAAGGUUUUUUUGAUUAAUCAUAAAACUUUUUUUUUUAUUGUAACAUUUUAACACUGAGCUGAUAAUAAUAUCUGUGCUGUCCAGGUGUUAUAUCUUUUUUUCUUACAUUUCUUAGUCUCAUUUGCAAGUCUGCAUUCAUUUUAGUUUGUCCUAGUCUAUCAAUGUUCUUAUUCAUCCAGGUCAUAUGUCAUCUCAGGGCAUUCAAUCGAUCGGAAAUUUACUUUUUGAUUUGUCUUAGAAGACGUUUUGCCGCUCAUGUAGUUAGACUAGAUCUGACCAUUGUAAGUCUAUGAGCAUGAACUGAUGAAGCCUACUCAGAUGAGCAGCGAAAUAUCUUCUAAGAAAACCAAACAGUCCAGUUGCAAUCGAUUGAAUGCCCUGAUUUGUCCUAGAUGUUUUCCCAUAGUCAGGAAGUAGUCUUUGCCAGUAGGUUGAAUGUGCCAGUCUUGUCUUUUGUUGAGUCCUACAAAGUGUUUAUACUGUAAGUAUUGUACUUAUCAAACCCCAUGUGUGUGAUUGUAAUAUGCAAUUAUUUACUCGCCAUGUAAAAUCGCUAAUGCUAAUCAGUAGCAUCAAUAUGGCAUAUCCAUUGUAAAUUAGCAUGGAGCUAGUGCAUUUUGAAAAGUGGAGCAUUACUUUUGAGCGCUUUCUAUCAGGCAUGCUUGCUUUGUUGCCAGUGAAAUUUCUAGCAAUACAAAAAGGCAGUCAGCUCUGAAUAGGCCUGGCACAGAGUAUGUAAAAUAUGGCACUGUUGGAUUUUAUAUGAAUUGGCACUUGAUAGUACCGACGUAAUUCGGUUGGUACCUAUAAAAGUACUGAAUGCGGUACCCCUUCCUACCUAAAACCAGAUAUUUACUUGAAUAUAACUACAAAAAACAAACAGACUUCUCCGUUGCUUGAUGUAGAAUGCGGUAUAUCCAAGUGGACAAAAAUAAUAAUGGAAUAAACAAUUUACCUACACUCAUGAUGAGCAUGAAUGUCAUACAUUUUUUGACUUUUAUGGAAUUAUUUCAACCUUUCAUCUUUUUUGGGGGGUGCUUUUUUUAUUGGAUCUGUUUUACAAUGCAUUAAUGACUGGGGAUUUGGACCACUGCGCAAUGUUUCUCCAUUGUCUUUCCAAUGUGUGCUAGAACAGUUUGUUUUUAAUUUCUUAUUUAAUGCCAGAUCACAAUAGAAGUAAUUUAGGGGUAACUUACAGGGGGAAAAAAACUUUAAAAAAAAAAGGUCUAUAUUGUUCUUUCAUAAAACAAAUUACAUAUAACUCAUAUAUGCCAUAAAAAUAUAUGUCUGGAUAUAAUCAUGUUCAUAAUUUAUCUGCUACUUGUAUCACAAUUGGAGGAUCGAUCUCAUUCAUAAAAUGGCAGGGUUUUUUUGUGGAUUUUUUUUGCCUUUCUAUUAGGGGUGUCCCAAAACAAACGUUUAACUUCCGACACAAUAAUAACAUAAGAGCUUUGCGUAUUGGCUGAUGCUGACAUUGAUUCGAUACAAUAUGAGCAAAAAAACCUUGUAUUAUUUUGUAAUGUGGAAUGUUCAAAAAGGGUUGAUGAAGUGAAAUUAGUCAAACAAGAGAACAAUGGUAGGAAUGAAAAACACUAAAUUAUAUAUCAUUAACCAUCUGGAAUGGACUUAUGCAGUGUUUAAAUUGAAGUGGAGUGGUAAUUCGGUUUUUUUUGGCGGCACCUAUUGGCAACAAUAAUUCAUGAAAUUAAGGUCAUGAUGCAGAAAGUUGAAUGAUGCGGACACGUUUGCUACUGGAUGCUUUCUAAUACGCUACUUUCUUGGAAAUUUGUACGUGUAAGUAAUAUGCAACUAUAAUUAUUUGAUACUUGUCUUUAUAUUGACAAUUGUACUUUUUUAGACUGCAAUAUUGUUCAAUAAAUGACACUUAUUACAAACCCCGUUUCCAUAUGAGUUGGGAAAUUGUGUUAGAUGUAAAUAUAAACGAAAUACAAUGAUUUGCAAAUCCUUUUCAACCCAUAUUCAAUUGAAUGCACUGCAAAGACAAGAUAUUUGAUGUUCAAACUCAUAAACUUUAUUUUUUUUUUGCAAAUAAUAAUUAACUUAGAAUUUCAUGGCUGCAACACGUGCCAAAGUAGUUGGGAAAGGGCAUGUUCACCACUGUGUUACAUCACCUUUUCUUUUAACAACACUCAAUAAACGAUUGGGAACUGACGAAACUAAUUAUUGAAGCUUUGAAUGUGGAAUUCUUUCCCAUUCUUGUUUUAUGUAGAGCUUCAGUCGUUCAACAGUCCGGAGUCUCCGCUGUCGUAUUUGACGCUUCAUAAUGCGCCACACAUUUUCGAUGGGAGACAGGUCUGGACUGCAGGCGGGCCAGGAAAGUACCCGCACUCUUUUUUUUACAAAGCCACGCUGUUGUAACACGUGCUGAAUGUGGCUUGGCAUUGUCUUGCUGAAAUAAGCAGGGGUGUCCAUGAAAAAGACGGCGCUUAGAUGGCAGCAUAUGUUGUUCCAAAACCUAUAUGUACCUUUUCAGCAUUAAUGGUGCCUUCACAGAUGUGUAAGUUACCCAUGCCUUGGGCACUAAUGCACCCCCAUACCAUCACAGAUGCUGGCUUUUGAACUUUGCGUCGAUAACAGUCUGGAUGGUUCGCUUCCCCUUUGGUCCGGAUGACACGAUGUCAAAUAUUUCCAAAAACAAUUUGAAAUGUGGACUCGUCAGACCACAGAACACUUUUCCACUUUGCAUGAGUCCAUCUUAGAUGAUCUCGGGCCCAGAGAAGCCGGCGGCGUUUCUGGAUGUUGUUGAUAAAUGGCUUUCGCUUUGCAUAGUAGAGCUUUAACUUGCACUUACAGAUGUAGCGACCAACUGUAUUUAGUGACAGUGGUUUUCUGAAGUGUUCCUGAGCCCAUGUGGCGAUAUCCUUUAGAGAUUGAUGUCGAUUUUUGAUACAGUGCCGUCUGAGGGAUCGAAGGUCACGGUCAUUCAAUGUUGGUUUCCGGCCAUGCCGCUUACGUGGAGUUAUUUCUCCAGAUUCUCUGAACCUUUUGAUGAUAUUAUGGACCGUAGAUGUUGAAAUCCCUAAAUUUCUUGCAAUUGCACUUUGAGAAACGUUGUUCUUAAACUGUUUGACUAUUUGCUCACGCAGUUGUGGACAAAGGGGUGUACCUCGCCCCAUCCUUUCUUGCGAAAGACUGAGCAUUUUUUGGGAAGCUGUUUUUAUACCCAAUCAUGGCACCCACUUGUUCCCAAUUAGCCUGCACACCUGUGGGAUGUUCCAAAUAAGUGUUUGAUGAGCAUUCCUCAACGUUAUCAGUAUUUAUUGCCACUUUUCCCAACUUCUUUGUCACGUGUUGCUGGCAUCAAAUUCUAAAGUUAAUGAUUAUUUGCAAAAAAAAAAAAGUUGAUCAGUUUGAACAUCAAAUAUGUUGUUUUUGUAGCAUAUUCAACUGAAUAUGGGUUGAAAAUGAUUUGCAAAUCAUUGUAUCCCGUUUAUAUUUACAUCUAACACAAUUUCCCAACUCAUAUGGAAACAGGGUUUGUACGUAUGUCUAGCUCAGUCCUUCUCAAAUAAUUCUUCUCUUGUGUGCUUAUUGGAGGACAUUUAGAUGUUAACUUAAGUAUUGUAAACUGCUUGUAUUGGACAUUUUACAUGCAAGCCGAUGUAAUCCGAUACUUGUUGGUACUUGUGUUUUUUGCUGUCUAUUAUGAAAGUGUGAAUUGUAACUGUGGAGGAGUGAUUGCGAUGCAGUUUGUGUCCAUGUUCGUAAAGCUCCCACCCACCACAACCCAAAACUGUAAACUUUGGGGGGCACACUGAGCUACUUUCAUCCCCCAAGUCACUCAUGAGAAGUUGUUACAGGUCUCAUCAAUUUCACACUAAAACAACAGUUCUUGACCUUUUUAAUAUAGGGGCUCAACUUUUCGACUACAGAAGGGCUUGGGGCCCACUCAAAUAUUAACACUUAAGUAGUAAUCUUACUCUUGAUUUUAAUCUUUUUCAACAAUUGUAUCCAAUGUACUUACAGUUUAACAGGUUAAACCUUGUCAAAUGAUAUGAAAGCAUGUGUUAAUCACAAAGAUUUUUUAUCAAGGCUUAGGUCAGGCUGAUUACACAAAUAAGUACUAGUCAAUUAUACUGCAAAACAAGACAUUUACAUGCAGUUACAGAGUUUUAAAUACAUACUUUCUACCUAAAUUAAUAUUAAAAUUAAAGUGCACAUGAAAAUACAGCUUCACCACUUUAGUCAUAUUUUUUGUGCUUAAACUUAUCAAUGACUUAGUUUCAGACUUCUUUGGUUUGUUUGAUAUUGACAAUACUGCCACAAGUGGUAGAAACGGUUAUUACAACUGAGUACCGCUGCGGCCCAUACGGACUACAGCUGAGAAAAUAUCUUUUUAGACGGCCCUCUAGGAGGUCUUCCCGACCCAAGAAACACUGUUCUAGAACAUUUAGCACAGCUUAAUAAAGGAUUUAGGUAAAUAUAUGUAUAUAUUUGAGACUUCAUGUACAGUUUUGACACUGAGUGGAUUAAAAAUAAAUUCAAAUUUGCAUUUAUUUCUUGUUUUUAAAACUCAUCUGAUGUGUAUGUCUUUACUUGGUUCACCGUGCAAAAAAUGGUUCCAAAAAUUUAGAAAACCCAAUUUAAUGACAUUCAUACUUGGUGAAUUGAUGUAAAAUUUGUGACUGUACACCAGGAAGUCGUGUAUAUAAUACCUUUUCAUUUAAACACAUUCAAAGUACCGCAUUUUUCAGACCAUAGGGCGCACCGGAUUUUAAGGCGCAUUGCCGAUUAGCGGGUCUAUUCAGGUCUAUUUUCAUACAAAAGGCACACCGGAUUAUAAGGCGCAUUAAAAUGGUGAUAUUAAGAUGACAUUUUUUAAUAUUUAAAACAUAUGCUGGCAAAGGUAACAUUAUAACGCGUUAAAUAUACGUUCCUUUAACAGCGAUAAUUAUUUCAACGCGCGAUUAACAUUUUUGACCCUCAGCCCGUUCCGUAAAUUGUGGAUAUUUGUGUAAUGGAAUCUAGUUACUGUUGAGCCUCAGGCUCGAAAAUAGCUAGCAGAACUCCACAAAGGAAGGGGGACCUUUUGGAAAUUUUAGAUCCAAAGCCAUGGCAAGUCAAUUUUACCUUAAUUCGCCAUGGAAAAACAUAAUUGGAGCGAACACUGAGCGUGCAUUGCUGCUUGGAGUGAGGAGAAGCUUCACGUCCAUGUUUGAAUUACAGUUAAAGUGCAUUGAAAACAUAAAAUGUAGAUAAUUACUCGAACUGCUUUAGUAAGAUGGAAUACAACCUCAGCAGAAACAAAGACUAGAAAGGAAGUCUAAAGUCACUUUUAUCGGACAUUUUCCUCAAAACAUGUCAAAUCUUUUCUCAUACCAUCGCACCCGAUCAUGCUAUUCUGUUACUCUGUGCUAUUCUGUGAUAUUUCUGCCUAAAUAAAUGUUUUUUGGCAGAUUGAAGUUAAAUGUAUUGUAAUGGCAGCGGCGAUGUGAAGAAGGAAGACUUUCUGUCUUUGAACAAACUUGUCUUGUUCUUCGCUACUACUGAGACUAGGUUUAAUACUGCCCUCUGCAGCCCACAUCGGGUAAUUACAGUUGACUACACAAUAUUACCAUCGCUAUGGUAUAUAACCUGUUCUGAUUGAUAGUCGGCAAUUGAAUAAAUAUUACAUUUUAUCAAUAAGUAGGUAGAGAAUGUUAAAACAUUGUCAUGCAGAGAUAUGAUUGCCAUUAACUUGCACUACUGUGCAUAAAUUUGGGCCAAUAAUUCCAUAAGCACACUAUAUCCACUCAUCACCCUGCAGAAGAAAGCAUCAAGGGUCAUUCAUAAGGCAGGAUAUAGGGAUCACAAAAAUACUUUUUUCUUACAUUCAAAACUACUGAAAUGUAUAAAUCGUGUGAAACUACAAUCAGUACAAAUUACAUUUAAAGCAAGAUAAAGUGUAAAGUGGGUAAAAGAUUAUUGAUAAUAUAUAUUAUUAUGACCGGUAAAUGUAUCUGUAUAUAAUAAUAAUGAUGAUAAUAAAGCUAGUUAUUUUGUUUAUAAAUACAGGUUGGGAGUAAAUAUGUUUCACUUCUUCCCACUCCUUUUUGGAUAUGAAAACACCUAACCAUUAUGUAUUGUUUUCAUUUUUAUGUGUUUUUAUUGUGAAAUAUUUGUUUCUAUUUCUGCACCUUACUGUAAUGUUAUCAAGGUUAUUUCAUUUUUUCCAUUAUUUCUACUUUUGCUUUGUUUUUAACAUCCAUCCAUCCAUUUUCUACCGCUUGUCCCUUUUGGGGUCGCGGGGUGUGCUGGAGCCUAUCUCAGCUGCAUUCGGGCAUGUCAAAAAAACAACUACCACUACUAACUCGUGCAACAUGUAAAGUACAUAAUAUCAGAAAAAUGUUUUCAUGAAGAAAAAAAUAUCACCUAACAUCUUUGACGAUCAAAGCAUGAUCGUAACAAUCCACAUUUUAUGUUGUUAAUGCAUGAAACUAUCGAAACAUGGAAGUAUAGCUCCUCUCUAAGUGCAAGUGCUUCUACUUUAAAGCAAGAAUACAAAUGAUGUAUUCCUACAAAAUAGAAAAUCUGGCAAGACGCCAACUUACUGCAAGUAUUUUUAUUAUGUUCAUAUCCUUUUCGUGUUAAGCUGUUUCAAAAAGCAUAAUGUUAAAAAAACCCACAUCUAAUUAAAGCAAACUAAUUGUCCAGUCAUGGUAUUAAAAACUUUAAAAAUUAUAUGUCUAGAGUCCACUUGUUAAUUACGAAAAAUUAUAUCUUUCUACGAUUAAUCGUGAUAAUUUUGAGUUAACUACGGACAAAAUGCGAUUAAUUGCGAUUACACAUUUUUAUCGUUUGACAGCCCUAUUUAAAAGACUUACUUGUGGUCUACAUAACAUGUAAUAGUGGUUAAUUGGUCAAAA